UUAACGUUACAUUUAAGUUGAAGACGUCUACGAAGAGAAACACAAUCGAAGUGACGAUCAAGACUGUAGAUCUUCACCGUAAUUGAAACGCAGAUGUCCGAGAACAUGGAAGAUCAGUUCGACACCAUGGCAGAUCAGUUCGAGACCAUAGAAGUAGAAGAUCAGUUCGACACAAGUAAAACAGACAUACAGCAGUUCUUUGAGGGACAAACUCUUUUCAUUACCGGUGGCACUGGUUUCCUAGGGAAGUUGCUCAUUGAAAAACUGUUGAGAUGUUGCUACAGUCUGAAGAAAAUCUACGUUCUUGUGAGGAACAAGAAGGGAAAGACGCAAAAGGAAAGGUUCGAGGAAAUCUUCGAAGCAGAGUGUUUCGACCCCUUAAAGAAAAAGUACCCAAAUUUCUUGGAAAAAGUUGACUUGGUAUACGGAGAUUGCCUACUUCCUGAUGUGGGUCUCAGCCCCGAAUCUAUUGAGAUGAUUCAAAAAGAGGUGACCACUAUUUUCCAUAUUGCGGCCACCGUAAGGUUCGACCAGCAUCUUAAGUCAGCAGCCUUCAUCAAUGUCAGAUCUGUGAGGGAUCUCGUGAGGAUUGCCAAAGAUAUGCCUCAGUUGAAGGCUUUCCUUCAUUGCUCGACUGCCUUCAGUUUUUGCCCAAGAAGUACCAUAUUAGAAGAAUUCUACAGGCCACCUCUACAAAGCGAAAAACUACUGUCCCUGGUAGAUUCCCUUGAUGACUCUACCAUUACCGAAAUCACUCCAAUCCUCUUGAAAGACUGGCCGAACAGCUAUGUAUUCACCAAAGCCAUAGCAGAGGGUGUAGUGCGAACAGAAGGUAUCGGCCUCCCUAUAGCCAUGGUGCGGCCAGCUAUAGUAACUGUGAGUGCCAGAGAACCUGUGCCUGGAUGGAUAGACAAUAUGUAUGGAGUGACCGGUGUCGUAGCUGGUGCCGCCAUGGGGGCCCUUAGAACAAUGCCUGCAGAACCCGACAAUAACGCCGAAUUCGUACCUGUAGAUUUCGUGAUCAAUAACAUAAUAGCUGCAGUUUGGGAAGUGGGAAAAAGAGGAAGGGUAGCUGAGAUUGAUGACGAUAUACCGAUCUACAACUAUGUCCUUUCGCCAUUCUACAGGGUUACGUGGAAGCAAUUCUUCGAUUUGUGCUACGUAUCUGGCAUGAAUUAUCCAACUGUGAAGGCCAUUUGGUAUUUCUGCUUCUCGCUAAGACCAAAUCCUAUCCAUCAUCAGUUGGCACUCUUCUUCCUGCACACUUUGCCAGCACACUUCACGGACUUCCUUAUGGUGUGCGUAGGAAAAAAACCAGUGGCUGUCAAGAGUUACCAGAAGGUUAAGAAGUUCUUGGAUGUAAUUUCAUAUUUUGCUAGGAGGAACUGGGCCUUUGGCGUAGUCAACGUGAAGAAGCUCAUGAAAAGAAUGAGCCCAGAGGAUAGAGAAAUGUUCAAUUUUGAUCUAAAUACCCUAGACAUGAACGAAAUCGUCAGUAAAGGUAUUCUAGGUGGUAGGCAGUACCUCGUCAAAGAUCCUUUGGAUACACUUCCUCAGGCAAGAAAGAAGUAUUUCAGGUUGAAGAUAGCUCAUUAUGCUCUACUAACAGGUAUUUUGUUGGUUGUUGUCAAGAUUGUCUUUAUGAUGUUCAGAUAUUUUUUCUGA